AUGGGGGUAGGAGACUAUGUCCACUCUAAGGAGACCGGUCAAUUUCCCUCUCCCGCAAACGGCACCUCGAAUUCCUUCCCAUCACGGCAGGCCCUAGCAGAGCAGGUGAAAGUUGGAGUUCCUACAACGAAAUUGAUCACACAAUUACCGUCGAGAACAAAUGGAAGGAUACACCAAGAAUACUAUGAAACCCAGGAAGAUGCAAUGCAGAGGGAUAUGUUUGACACCGACGUGGAAGGGAUUGAUGACUCUACUAUAGCCGGCACGAGCGUCCUGGGUGCUGAUGAACAUGUGCCAUCAGGACAAGAUGUACAGUAUCAACAUGAUGAUGGAUCGGAAUCAAGACCCUUAUACCAAUCACAACACUCGCGACGGGUACAUGAAGCCGCCUGGCAUACGAAUCUCGGGGACCAAGUCAUGAAGACAGCGGGAUUUGAAUCCGAUGAUGCCGAUAUUACUGAAGGAAGCCAGCCUACAUCUGUACCUGGGGAUGAUACGGGGGAUGAGAAGACUCCUGUGGAUGACUGGUAUCUUUCUAGUCGUCAGAAACGCAGGUCUGUGGAGGACCAGCCCUUGAGCAAGCGGUUGGAGACUUUCUGGGCCGCUAGUAAAAGGACUCAUGCUCUCACCAAGUCUACAAAUUCAGGUCCUGAAGAACAGUUCCGCUUAUCCGCAAUACCGACUUCGACAGCAUCGGGCUCCAGGAACCCUAGCCGGUCAUUACCGAACAGGAAGAUCACUCUGCCUCGCAGUAUGACAACUACUCCGAGGACACGCUUCAGUCCACCAAAACCAUCCCUUCUCGAACAGUUAGAGCUGUCACCAACGCGUCAAACUGCUGGUCAACGACCGCAGCACGAUAGACAGAGGUCAACUGGCUUUGUCUUCCCCGCUGACGAGGGCGAAUGGGGAAGCGACAGUGAUACAAAUGACAGUCCAGUUUCAGUGAUUGCUCUAAAUAAACACAGCAUUAAUGGGAUUGAUAACGAUAACGAUGACAGAAAUCAAGAAAUAUUCAGCAAACACUCAUCCACAACACAAGAAGCCCCUCCAUCACCUCUUCCGAAAAAGAGACAUAUAGAAGCGGAUUAUCCACCAGAAGUCCUAUAUCAAAAGUCAUUCAGCGAUCUUCAAGCUGAACCCUUUGACUAUACUCCUUCCCCUCCAGCACCAUCGCAGGCUACUUCUACAACGACCACUACUACUCCACCCCCCACAGCUGAAGAAGUUCAGGAUACACCCAAAGACAGGGUCUCCUUUGCUCUCGGGCUUUCCGAAGAAGAACGUCGUGCAUAUUUCUCGAAGCUAUCUAUGACCGAAUGGGAAGAAUGCGGAGACCAGAUUAUCGACCAUUUCACUGCAUUACUCUCAAAAAUGAAGGAGCUACGCCAGGCUCGACGGAAGACAGCUGCUUUGUUUGAGGCUGAAAUCAAACGUCGACAUGACGAAGUCGAGCAACAGGAUUCUGAGCUGUCGACAAAAUUACUAGAAAUGAGAGAGGGUGGUAUUGGAGUGCUACUGGAAAGUUCCCCUGGAAAGCCAUACUUGAAUAAUAUACAUCAAAACCAAAACCCUGUCAUAGCCAGCGAGCGGCUUGAUGGCCAAAACCAUAUUCAAUAUUGCGAUACACUAGGCGCCGGCCCUGCUUUAGAAAAGGAACGAAUGAAGAGCAAGAACUGA